CUGUGAGAUUAAAAAAAAAAGAAGACAAAAUGCAGCAGGGAGGUGGAUCUGAAACGGAAGUGACAUGGGAAGAUCAGCAGAACAUCAACAAGUUCAGCCGAUUGAACAACAGAUUCCAUGAACUCGAAGACGAAAUCAAAGCCUCCAAGGAAAAAUGUGAUAAUCUGGAGGAUGCUGGGAACGAGUUGAUACUUGCCGAUGAGGAAAUUGUUCGGUUUCAAAUUGGAGAAGUCUUUGUUCAUGUGCCGAGGGAGGAGGUAGAGACGAGGAUAGAAGAGAUGAAAGAGGCGACUAGUAAGGACCUUGAAAAGCUCGAGGAAGAGAAGGAAACCAUUGUUGCACAAAUGGCAGAGUUGAAGAAAAUCUUGUAUGCAAAGUUCAAAGACUCGAUCAAUCUCGAAGAAGACUGAACUCAGCUCGGUUUGGUUUUUUUUUCCCCACGGUAUUUUUUUUCUCGGAUUCUUCUUUUUCGGCUUUCUAUCGCGGUUAUAGGAAAACUUGUCAUGCAUCAACAAUGUUUAGUUUGGAUAUGGUCCUAUGGCAGUUGAUCAUAUUGUGAGAGUUUAGACUAGAGUUCUUGAAUAUACAAAUCCACUUUGUUCUCCCUGAAAAUUUUCCCUCAUUGAAUCCAUGAAAUAUCAAUGGCUGGGUUUUCGUUCAA